UGCGUAACGUUCUGGCCUUCCGCGUGCGGCUGCGGCCUUAGAACGUGUACAGGGACCUUUUUUGGUUCCCUUAAUUGUUUAUUAUUUUGUAAGGAUAAUAGUAUCUUGUCAAAAUGGCGAAGUUUGACCUGACUUUUAAGCUCGGACAGUACUUGGAUCGACAUUUGGUCUUUCCUCUGUUGGAGUUCCUUUCUGCUAAGCAGAUCUACAAUGAAAAUGAACUCCUCCAAGCUAAGCUGGACAUCCUUAGCAAAACCAACAUGAUUGAUUACGCUAUUGAUAUUAGGAAACAGCUUAUGCCUGGUGAAGAAGACCCUGAUGAUUUGAAAAACAGAAGAGCGCAGGUUGUUAACCAGCUUCAGGAACUUUCAAAAGAAGUGUCACUCAUUGUAUCUUUGAUGAAUGAUGAGAAAAUCAUGAAAAAAAUUGAAACCAUGCGGGAUUCAAAGGCUCUGCUUACUUUCUUGCAUGAUGAGUAUGACUUUAAUAUUGAGAUGAUGGAGAGUAUGUACAAUUUAGCAAAGUACCGGUAUGAGUGUGGCAACUAUUCAAAUGCUACGGGCUUUUUGUACUUUUAUAUUAACGUUAUGCCCUCAAAUGACAAAAACUACCUGAAUGUAUUGUGGGGAAAGCUGGCUUCUGAAAUUCUUGUUCAAAAUUGGGAUGCUGCUCUGGAUGACCUGAACAAACUCAGAGAAUUCAUUGACACAAAUCAGUUCCCUUCAUCAUUACAUGUGCUACAACAGCGAACAUGGCUGAUUCACUGGUCUUUGUUUGUGUUCUUCAAUCAUGCUAAGGGGCGGGACCUCAUCAUUGAGAUGUUCCUGUACAGGCCACACUACCUCAACGCUAUCCAGACCAUGUGCCCACACAUUCUGAGAUACUUGGCUACAGCUGUGAUCAUCAACCGCACACGCCGCACUGCGCUGAAGGACCUCGUGAAAGUUAUUCAACAAGAAUCUUACACAUACAGAGACCCAAUCACAGAGUUCAUUGAGCAUUUGUAUGUCAACUUUGAUUUUGAUGGAGCUCGGCAGAAACUUCAUGAGUGCCAGACAGUCCUGUUCAACGACUUCUUCUUGAUUGCUUGCCUUGACGAGUUCGUGGAGAAUGCCAGGUUAAUGAUCUUUGAAACUUUCUGCCGCAUUCACCAAUGCAUCAGUAUUGGAAUGCUUGCUGAGAAGCUGAACAUGACUCCUGAAGAGGCAGAAUGCUGGAUUGUCCAUUUGAUCCGAAAUGCCCGUCUUGACGCAAAGAUUGAUUCCAAAUUAGGACAUGUUGUGAUGGGUACCCAGCCUGUUUCCCCCUACCAACAGUUGGUGGAGAAAAUUGAUUCACUUUCAGUUAGAUCAGAGGCCCUUCAAAGCUUGAUUGAAAGGAAACUCAAAGCAAGAGCUCAGGAUGUUGGUGGCAUUCAGUGGUGAAACUCAUUUCCUCAAAUGUUUUGUUUUGUAUAUCCUGUCUGACCAAACUUCAUGUCUACAAAAUUCGGUCUUCAUUCCUGUUAAACACAUGCAAACUUCAUGAACUCUGUUGAAUAUCACUCAUUGUAGUAUACAAAACUCGGUAUUACUGUUAACAACCCAACUGAUUACAUUGUGUAAGAGAAGUUUUAUUAUUAAAAUAAUUGGAUUAUUGCCUGGUAAAA